GGGACGGUGGUCGGUCUUGGUGCCGGCGGGCCAGGUGCUCUUAGAGUUCCGCGCUUUCGCCCGAGUUGCCUGCGUCUGGGAGUUGAGCUGCACGCCGAGGGGCUGCCGUCAUCUCCUUGCACCGCCGGCCCGGCUCCAGAGUCUCAGACAUGGACCUUCUUCAGUUCCUCGUGUCUGUCUUUGUCCUACUGUUGUCCGGCACAGAAGUCACAGGCACCCUAAAGACCACCGUGGACCCCAGCCUUAAGAUCUACAAGAAGAUGUUUGAGGUGAAACGGCGGGAGCAGUUAUUGGCACUGAAGAACCUGGCCCAGCUGAACGACAUUCACCAGCAGUACAAGAUUCUUGAUGUCAUGCUUAAGGGACUCUUUAAGGUGCUGGAGGACUCCCGGACAGUACUCACCACAGCCAAUGUGCUCCCCGACGGGCCCUUCCCCCAGGACGAGAAGCUGAAGGACGCUUUCUCGCACGUGGUGGAGAACACAGCCUUCUUUGGUGAUGUGGUGCUGCGCUUCCCAAAGAUCGUGCACUACUACUUUGACCGUAAUUCCAACUGGAACCUCCUCAUCCGGUGGGGCAUCAGCUUCUGCAACCAGACAGGUGUCUUUGACCAGGGGCCCCACUCACCCAUCCUCAACCUGAUGGCCCAGGAGCUGGGGAUCACUGAAAAAGACUCUGACUUCCAGAACCCGUUUAGAAUGGACCGGACAGAGUUCAUUCCUAGCACUGACCCUUUCCAGAAGGCCCUGAGGGAAGAAGAAAAACGCCGGAAGAAGGAGGAGAAGCGGAAAGAGAUCCGCAAAGGCCCAAGAAUCUCAAGGUCCCAGUCCGAGUUGUAGCCCUGCAGCAGUUUGGGGCCUAAGGGUUCAGCAAGAGGCCAGUCAGAAGAGGCACAACCGUGUGGCUGUGGUGUAGCAACGUCUAGCACCAUGGUGAGCAACAGCCAGUUCUAGAUGGGGACUCUAUGUUUUCUGGGUCUUCAGGAGCUGGGUCUGAGCCUCGACCAGAAAGACUGAGCCUCUGGAAUCUUAGGGCACACCGAGGGGGACCUUGAGAGGACACAGUUCUGCAGACUGGAUUUGUAGGGAAACUGUUAGGGGAGGCUGACUUAAGGGACUCCUGGUCUGGAUCCUCUUGGUAAGUGAGGGCUGCAGGGCCAGGUGCUGCCCUUUGAGGAAGCAGUAGAACCUGGCUCUGAGUUACGGAAGGUGCCAUGCUUGCAGCUGGCCUCCCUGUAUUCCUGGGCUGCCUAUCACCAGUCCAACAGCUCUCUGCAGAGCAACACUACAAGCCAGCAAAUCCAUUGGCCUCACCAAGCUGAUGAAGAGGUUCUGAGGGUACCAGGAGCUCCUAGAUGUCAAGACCAGCCUGGAGUAUGUUUCUCCCUUAUCAGGAGGGAGCCCCAGGCCUUUGCAUUGCAGAGAAACGAGUCAGGUUUAGGCUUCUUCUUCACUCAGUGCUGCCCUUCAUGAGGGACUAGUUUGGAGAGGGGACCCAGAAAUGUCCUGGGAGGGUAUUUAUUUCAAGGAGACCUUAAAAGAACAUGAUCUCUAUUCUCAGAUAACUGGGGACAGUCAUUGAGCUGGUUCAGGGGACAAUCAACUUGUUCUCUCUACUGCUGAAAAAUAGAGCUUGUGUGUGGGAAGAGGCCGUAGGAGACAGGUUACAGGAGACUGUGCUUUGUAAUGGGGCUACUGUGAGCUGCAGUGAUCAGACAGUGGGCUUCCCAGUUCAGGGUUCAAGCGGAGUCCCAUAGCCACAGGGCAGGAAGCUAUGGAAGGAGUUUAGGCCCUCAGAGGGCAGCCUGGUUUCUGUGAAUCCCAAGGCACGUGGCUGCCUUGACUCUAUUGAAAUUACAACACCACCUCUUUGAUCUUGCCAAGCCAGAAUGUAUCUCCUAAAGGCACAGAGACACCCACCAUCCCUGUGUCAUUCCCAGCCAUCCCCUACCUUCCAAAUAAAGUUUUCCUCUUACUGCUGACUGUGCUCACGAGACCUGAGUCAUAGCCUGACUGAUCCUGGCCUACUCUCUCUUCCCUGUGCUGUGCCUUCAU